UUCUUCCAGAAGUGGUCAUGACCAUCAUUGUGAAAAAAUCCAAAGGUCCUUCCUCAUUCACAGAUGAAGAGGGAAAGAAGAAUUUAAAUUAUUGAAAAAAUUCAAUUUUAACAGAAAAUAGCCGUAGGGUUUGAGAUAUCUUCGAGAGAAAAUAACGCUUCAUUUGUUGCGUGUGUUUUUCGCACCGCGGUGCAGAAACGGAGGAAAAUGAAGGUUGCUCCCUCGGGGCUCGCCCUGGCCCUCGCCAUUUGUGGCGGCAAGGUAUAGAGUGUUUUUCUUUUUCAUUUUGUAUAUCUCAGCCUAUGUGCGCUGUUUUUUGAACGCAACGGUAACAUUUUGACCGAUAGACGAUAGUAAAUUCAAUAAUAAUAAAAUCAGCACAUCAUGCAGACCGCGUUGGGGCUAAACAUCCAGAAGGUGGUAUCGAGAGAAAACCAGUGCUGGUUAGUUCCUAGUGUAGAUUGUCACGACAACAUUUAAAUGUUGCAUUUUGAGUUCUAAUGGAAGGACGGGCAGAAGGUGUUGGCAGUAAGCCAACUGCCAAAGCAGAUGAUUGGCCCAUCUCCAAAGUCGGGAAUUGCAAUUUUUCGCGGCAGCUUCGCUCAUUGUUUUAGACACAGUAUAAGUGAGUGAAUUCUGGACUUGAUACAGACAAGUACAAGUGAGCGAACAAGUUACACUUACAAGGAUAUUAAGGAAAGUAGCUCGCUCGUUUUUCUCUCGCAUAAGCGUACGACAAGGCGAAGCGCACCCGCAAGACUACGACAACAACAGCUGAUAUCCAGAAAAAAACACCCACCCCCAUCCAUUUUCACACUUUUUCAACGCAUGAAAAACGGGAAAAAGGAAAAAAGAGAAAAAAAGCCAAAGCGAUUUUGAGGAUGAUGUUUUUGCACCCGACAGCAUGCUAAAUAUCGGAUUGACCCGUCCGCUCAUUUUCUAUUUAGAAAUUGCGUGGAUGGGUCGUGCCGAUAUUUAUCCUACCGUCGGGUGAAAAAACAUCAUCCAUCCCAAACAGGCACAAUCUCGAAAACGAAUUUUUUUUGUUCGAACACGAAAUCAAAAAAGUUUUCGCUCCGGUAACUGUGCCGAACAGCAACAGUUUUCCAAUCCUGAACUUGUAUUUUCGAAUCCAACCGGAAGGAAAGAAGCCCCAAAAUCUCCUCUGAGCCCGUUGCUUUCGUCCCAUGUGGCGACGCGUUGGCAUGGUGGUGUGGCCGCUGCAAAAUGGCCAAUAGCCCUCCGAGCACUGAAGAGGACUUUCGCAGGAAUCUGCGACUCAUCGCCCGCUGCGAUUGCCUCUGAUGGACCUCCGGAGUGCGUAUCUCUGACAUCACUUGAGCGACGUACGUACUGACAUGAUUAAGAUCGAAAUCGAUCACUGACGGACCUAAAUUUUUUGAAAGUAAACUGCUUUAGUAAGCGUGAUUCUGGAAGCGAGUCUGAGGAAUUCGAUCGCCUGAGGGCGGGGAAGUUCUCGCUCUGCCAGUCUCGGACACUUGCUAUUUGUAGAGCCUCAUUCAGAACAUUCGCAAUUCGCAGGCGCGCGUCUCUACCCCUCAGUGUGCUACACUCGAAAUUGGAACAAGGCCUAAACCUCACGCACGCCCCCCCAGUGCAGGAUAGAUGAUAGUGGUGAUUCUGUUUUUCAGAGAAUGGCGAAAAUGGAUGGGAAUGGGUGUUUUUUCCUGGAUAACUGCAACCGGGUCACAGACCCCGCCGAAGCUGGAGGACAAAGUUGAAGCUAACGCUGCGGCUGACGCAAUUUUGUCUGCUGCCAUUACCAAUAACGACAGCAAUGAGAUAACGGCAGAUGUCGUGAAAGCCGCACUGACAGACAACGUCGUCAUGACCUUCGAAGAGGGCGAAGUCACCCAAGAAAUGGCCACUGCGAUCGAGAGCGAUCUCAUGACUGAGGCGACAACAUCGUUUGCAGACUCCACCAAGGACGAUGCCGGAAAGAAAGCCGCGGCGGCCGACAAAAUCGUGGAACUUCUGAAAGCCAAGAUAACUGCAGCCGGGUCUUCUACUACCACCUUGCCAACGCUGGCCGACCAAGCUGCCUCAGCGGCUACCCCGAUUGCUGCUAGUACCGCCCUGGAUGCCGAUGUCCCAGCAAAACUGACAGAGUUCCUCGUCGAUGUUGGUGAGCUCCAGGAGGGCACAGUCACCCAAGCAAUGGUCAAUGACGUCGCGGCAGAUGUCCAAACUGCGGCGCAGGCCGCUAUUGACGACACCAGCACGGACGCUGCCGCAGAUGCAGUCACGGUGAAAGACAAGAUCGUCGAACUUGUGCAACCCAAGUUGGAUUCUUCAGGUACUUUUGUUCUGGUUGCAGUUAGCACUUCUUAAAUUUUGUUUCGAGUGUAAUCGUAAAGUAAGUUGAGUAUGCCUCUCUCUCUCUCUCUCUCCCUCUGCAGAAACAACCAACAACAACAACAACAGCAACAACAACGACAACAGCUGCAGCAACAACUGCAGCAACUGAGUGUAUCUUUUGUAAAAGCAUGUCCACCCCGACCCCAGACUUGUGGUGGAAUUAUGUAAUCCUCAAACGAAGCAAAUGCUUCUCAUGCGCAGCUCCAUGUGAAGCGUUUUCUAUUGCAAUUUGCGAGCUGGUCGUGCUAGAAUCCCGAUGAAUUAUAAAUCAUAUAAAUGCGGUAACAAAGUCCAGAAUUUGUGAUGCAGCUCGGCUGCGAAGAGAGUUGGAUUACACGACGACUGAUGUAGCCACACAGUCCAAUCUGUUUCUGCGAGCUCAAACUUGUUGGCUUGUGCAAUAAAAUCUUGUUCCUUUCUGUGUGGUCGUGGGGACGUUUUUCCGGAGGAUAAAGUGCGUGUGCGUGAACCAGGCGGAUGGUGAUGCGUACUCGAUGGGAACCAAUCAGAUGUGGUUGAAUGGUACUACCGAGUAUGCGUUACAAAAAUAUCGUAUUAGUAUGAAUCGCGUUACAAACAUAACAAAGAAAUGGAACUCGUAGUGCCAAAUUACUCAAGAAAUCCCAUGCUCGUCUGGUAUUUAAAUUCAAGACCUAAACCUCAUGCACGCUGCCCCCCCCCCCCCCCCAGUGCAGAAUUGAUGAUGAUGAUGAUGAAUUAAUCCAAGUGCGAUACUUUUGCAAUUCCAUACCGCGGUCGACACGCCCUAUGGCACGGACUACGCCAAGCCAACCAGUGAGACGAAUGGCCUCGGGGUAUGCAUUGUAAGCAUGUCCGAGUCUGGAAGAAGGCUUGUCAUGGAUGUCGUGCAUGAUUCGAGACUGUCUGAUGCUUGUGGACGAAGAGAUCCCCUUGCCUGUCAUGCAAAAUUGCAACCUGCCAUACGGAAUAAGUACGUGCCACAUCAUAGCCGACCAACGCCAAAGAAACGUUUGCCAUCAUUGGCAUUCACUUUUGGCAUAGCUACACCUCCUUAGACCCAAACAUGUUUGCAGUUGAGACGGGGGGCCGCCGAACUACGGGGAGUACUGCGCAGCAUGGGAGGACGAGUGCAUGAACAUUACCGGGCAGACCACGACGGGCAAGACGGGCAAGGCCGGGUCUUCGUACGGAUGCCUCCCGGGCGAGCCACCUGCAGGGGGCGCAUCCAAAGGAAAAGUUCCCUCUUCCCGUAUCAAAGGGAAGCUUCUACUGCUGGAUUUUCAUACACAGGCCAGAUUUGUCUUGCUGGAGAUGACUCACUGGAGGCCCGUAGCGAGCCUGAGUACUAGAGAGGCUUUGGCAUAGGCACUUAGCAUGAAAAACGUUCCCGCUGUAGGGCCAGCAGCAUCGGAAACCACGUGCAUAAUCCGGCGAAGCCCGUGGAGUUUCCUUCAAGAAGACGCAAAUGCGCGGAGAUGUACCUCACCAAUAUGGGGAGAGGGAAUUUUUCCUCGCGAUAGAGCGUGAAGGAUGUGGACUACGCAGCGUCAGGGAACGUGAGUCGUACCAUGUGCCCCGCUGCUCCACCGUCUCUCACGGGUGGUCUACCCGCGAGAAAAAAACUAGCACUAUAGUGCCACAUUUGUUGCACAUGGUAGAUAAAAUUCAAAUUAUACAUACUGGGUGGUCGUUCUGCUUCUGCCUUGCAUAGCCUAAUUAUCAGCUCCACGCACACGAGGCAUUUUUUGCACGCCCCCCCAGUCUCGUUUGAUGAUGAUCACCAAGACCAUGGUGCCGUGCUGGAUUUUUUCUUUGUGACAUGACACGAACGCUGUUGACCCCGCCAAACGGACUCCCAGCUGGUGCUACGCGCGGUGGUGCUACAUCAAGUACUAAGCGGAUUUCCACAUAAAUGGAUUGUGUGCGCCAGUUUAGUAAACUUCUUGCUCACCACGAUCCUUUCUGUUUCCGGCACCUCCCAAAAAAACGCACCUAUAAGCAGGAUUGAUGAGGUUCUUGCAUCAUUGGAAAAAAACUCAAUCACAGUUCUUCUACUUCUACUUUCCCAACAAAAUAUUUCGCAGGGAAGUUGGAGCGAAUGACGGCGACAUCGCGAAGCCCAUCCCCACGGAUGGCUCAGUAUGCCGUGCAACAGUAUCUUCGCGCUCUUUCUACUUGUUUUGUUGUAUCUUCGAAAGACACUAUCUGUAUCCAGGACAGCACAGCACGAGUAGAAAAGAAACGGAUAUCAAUGCAAUCGGACGAGAGCGACGAGUAGAAGUACUGUUGCGAGGCAUAACCGCCCGUGACCCCGCCGAGCUGCACCAACUUGGACAUAAACACGGACGUAUCGACUGCAACGAUGUCUGGAUCUGGAUGAUUUAGCGGGAAGUUUGUCACGCCAGUCUGGCAUCAUGCCUCUGAGCGAAGCUUCUCGUGCGGAAUAAGCAAUACAAUCACAGAGCCACGAGAAAAGCUGUCAUGCUUGGGGUUGUAAUAAAACACUGCGCUUUAUUGUUGUUCACUGAUGGGGAAGGGGACGUGCACCACAACUUUCCAAACCCAGACAUAUUUGCAAUGCAUAGGACGACGGCUGGGGCAACAAGCAGAUGAUCGAGUCCGGUUACGGCAACUUGAAAAUGUGGUAUAGACUUUGGUUUCCUGUUGUGUAUAAAAGAUUCCGAAGCAAAGACGUACACGUACAUCUACAUGCACAACCCGCAAUGCCCAUGUUCAAGUUGAACGUGCUGAAAAUCGUUCAAUAGUUCGGGGCAGUUUUUGAUUGUGGGGUUACCCCGGGCGUGUUGCGGUUGUUUCUUUGCUCCGAAAAUGAGAUCGCAUAUGGCCGGGUGUUUUUUCGCUGCAUGAUAGGCAUGGGUGUGUCCUACCCCCGUGGUGUUAUGGAUGUCUGUGUCUUUCGCGAGGAUAUGUUCCUCGUGUUUUUCGGAUAUUUGUAUACGCUUUCGGUCCGAAGAGCAUGAUGGUUGAAAAAUGUCAGCCAUCACGUUGUUCGGGAUCGAUGAGGAGCGUGUGAGGGUGACGUGGUUUCGGAACUCGGAAGAAGACCAUCAAGAUGUCGUCUAAGCCGGCACUUUGAUGGUCCUGUCCGGACUUCUAAUCACCUUCUAAUUCUGCCGUCGAAAUCCAAUAGGAGCAAAAUCCAAAUGGAUUUUGCACUACAAGGAAACUGGAAGCUCCCCAGACAUGUUCCGGGGAGCCGAAUUGCCUCCGGAUCUCGAAGAGAAUGCGGGGAAAAUUAAAAAGAAAAGAUAGAAGUCAAAUUCGACGGGAUUUCAGAAGACAUAUUACGUACUACAAGCAACUUUAGGAGGAAAAUUAAAAGGAAAAUUAGAAGACAUUCUAGAAGGCUAAAUUAUAAACAUUUUGAAAAGGGGAAACUAGAAGGGGGUUUGAGAAGAAGAAACUAGAAGGGAUUUUCAGACGGGCAAAAUAGGAGUGGUGGUCCGGGGCACUAUGGGAGGCCUUCGCCGUGUUUCCGCAUGUCUUGGUAGCGGCGGUGGCGAGGACAAAUUUCGCUGAUAGGGUGUUGUUUAUUUUUGGGUCUUUGGGCAACUAGGGGUAGGGUGGGGAAGAUUCGAUUCCAAACAUUGGAAGGUUUUUAGUUCGGCUUUGCCCGUCACUCGGGUGCUUUCUUUUCUGUUUGGGCGGGGCCUAUCUUGUGUUCACCUUUGGGUAACCUACUUUGCUGGGUCACUUUCUCCGGAAUCGGGACCAGGGAAACACAAAAAACGAAACACCGGGAAAAUUGACGAGCUUUUAGAAGUCAAGGCGGGGCGGGUGUUUCCCGGGUGGCAGCGUGCUGAAAAGCGUUCAAAAGAGGAUAGAACGUAGCGCGACCAAAGCACGCGGAUGUGGUGCGACAGACAGAGGAGUUACACUAACACCUCUCACAGUCAGAAGUGGAGAACGCCAAGGUUGAAAAAUCCGCUAUGAAAAUUUUUUGCACGUGGUUUCAAGAGAGAAGAGUAGCACAUUGCUCUCUGAAUGCUGCGUAGUUCUGCUCGUCAUUCACCGAAAAGCUGCGCCUACCUUGUUCGGCGAUGUGUGUCUUUUCGUCUUCAUUUUCUUCCAUUGACUCAGCGUUUAGAGACAGGGUUCUUGUAGCAAAACUCCUACUGACUAUUCCUGUAAUUUAAAUCAGGUAUUCGUACGCAUUGUGCGACGCGCCGACCACAACUACCACGCCCGCACCGGAAACGCCCGCACCGGCGCCGUACUAGGAGACCACAACGACGACGACGGUGGCCGCGGAGACCACGACUUCUACGUAAGCAGGCACAAUGAUGUAUUCUAAGUAAAAACGCCACCGCGAUCCCUUGUGAUGAUGCAAUUUUGUGUGAUCAACAGGAAUAGUAGCACUCCGUUUUCCUCUGCAAAGCUUUCCUUUUCCUCAGAAUGGUAACCACACGGCUCCGUGAACGUGAGGCGGGUGCCCUGCUUGCCAACCUGCGCUGCGCUACAGCCAGAAGCUUGUCAUGUGCGAUUCCCAAAAAUUCUGUGCUUGUUUUGCAAAAUCGUUUCACACUUGACUCGGGAGACGGGGACGUUUUUACAGAGGACAGUGCCGGACACUUGCGAUGUUUGAAAGAAUCAAUUGCCAAAUUGAAAAAUGGCAAAUUUCUGCUUUUCUGGGGAAAUAAAAGAAAUUGGUCUUUGCCAAGCAAAAGUUCCAUCCUUCUUUGAUUGUACAUGAAUUGUGAUGAUGUCAUAGUGAGCGCAAAGGCGUAUGCAAGAUGCGCUGGUUUGAUGAGUUUCACUACUUCAGAUGAAUAUCAGAUGAAUCUUAAUAACACGAUAAGAAAUAAUAUUAUAUAGUAUCAAAGUCGUAUCCUAAUCCUUCCGUUACAUGACAAAAGAUAGAUUACUAUUGAUAGAGAAAUUAUGAGUAUCGAAAGCAGGUUGUUGUACACGAAACAAAUUGAAUUUGAAACCGGAAUUCCCGAGGAAUUCAUAUUAUCUUCAUGGUUGUGGCCGAAUUGGUCAGCGCAGAUAGAAAUCGGCAGUCAGAGAAAGGACAAACCCGCAGGAAUCUUGUUCUGUUGUAGUUGCGAUUGGAAGGGCAAACCAAAAGGAAACUUGUUCCGUUGCAGUUUCGGUUGGAAAAGGGCGGUCGUCUCUGUUGUAGUUCGGUCUUGUCGUAUCGGUCCUUCCAUGUGAUUGAUUUGAAAUCGAAAUUGAAGUUUCCUGUGUAAAAA